UCUUUCCUUACUAUCUCAAAUUCUUUUUUCACUUAUGGAGAAGGAGAGAGAGAAAAUCAAACACCUUAGCCAUGAACACCCAUUGGUGUUGAAUGAAGAACUGAGUGAUAAAAGUAAAGACGCUUGCUGCAAGGGAUGUUUGGAACCAUUGUUUGGCACAUGUUUUAGCUGCGGAGAAUGCCAGUUUCACCUUCAUAAAAAAUGUGCCCAAGCACCCUUACAAAUUCCUCACUCCCCUUUUCAUUGUAAGCACUGUGCUCUUAUUCUUAUGCGAGGUAGAUAUUUUUGUGAUUUAUGCAAGGAAAGUCGUCAAAUGUUUUUUUACUGCUGUCCUGUUUGCGUUGCUUACCUUGACAUCAAAUGUGCCUUUCUCUUGCAUAACUUUGAUGAAAAUUUUUAUGAGCUCAAAUAUGUUGACCAUGAACAUCCAUUGACCUUUAUUGAAAAUCCCAAUGAUGAAUUCAAAAGAGCCAAUUGCUAUUGGUGUCAAAAACUACUGGCAGACUCCGUUUAUGUUUGUCUUAAUUGUGGAUUUUACCUCCACAAAAAAUGUGCUCAGUUACCCACUCAAAUUUAUCACCCUUGCCAUCGCAAACACCCUCUUUAUAUUAAAGAUGCUAGGCUUUUUUGUCAGCUAUGCCAAAAGACUCAUAGGAGUUUGUUUUAUCGUUGUCUUCCUUGCAAGUUUGACGUUGACAUGGAAUGUGUUCGAUCAAGAACAAGGUACGCUACUAUUGAAGACAAAAGUCAUCUUGAGCACCAAUUCACUAAAUUAUUUAGAAAUGAAUCAUUUAUAUGUGAUGCGUGUGGUACAGAGGGAAAUUCUAUUUCCUAUAUCUGUUCUUCAUGCCACAUCAGGAUCCAUAAUCAUUGCAUUUCGUUGCCACGCAUCAUCAAAACCAUGCACCAUCACCAUACUGUUAUUCACAAUUAUUUCUUUCAAAAAAAGGAUCAUGAAAAUCAUGAUUGUGGAGUUUGUCCUGGUGAAGUGAAAGCAGAAUAUGGGAGUUACAAUUGUUUGAAGCAAGAUUGCGAUUUUGUUGCCCAUGUGAAUUGCGCUAUGGAGAUGUAUGUUGAAAUUGAUCAAGUAAUUGAUCAAGAUGAGGAGUCUAUUGAAAAUUUAGCUACAAAUUCUUCCAUCACUCGUGUUAUUGAAAGGAACGAACAUGGAGAAGCCCAGAAGGUGAAACAUUUCAACCAUGAACAUGACUUAACAUUAGGCAAAAUGAUCGAGCAAGACGAUGUUAAACGUUGUGAUGGGUGCAUGCUAUCCAUCUCAACUUCGUUUUAUUAUUGUUCAGAGUGUGAAUUCAUUCUCCACAAAACUUGUGCUGAAUUACCAAGAAAAACGCGUCUUUGGAUUCAUCAAUCUCCCACCACCCUCAUCAGUUCACCGAACAUUAUUCGUUGUCACCAGUGUUUGCACCUCUGUAGUGGUUUCUUUUACAAGAGUGAUGAAAGUAACAAUAAUUUCUGCCUAAGGUGUGCUAGUGUCUCUCAUACCCUCAUAUGCGAAGGAGAAAAACACUCUCUCUUUCUUACUUUUGAAUUCCCAGGGAUAUGCAGUGCUUGUGGUUUCUUGUUUUAUGGUGCAUACAAAUGUAAAGAUAAAGAUUGCACUCUUGCUUUGGAUUUUGCAUGCAUUGCACUACCACAAGCAACUUGGCAUAAGUGUGAUAAACACUUGCUGAAACUCAAGUUUCAUGAUGAGAAUGAUGAUCCAGAACAACAUUGCUGUGAUAUAUGUGAAGGAAAAAGGGACCCAAACCAUUGGUUUUAUCAUUGUGCAAUUUGUGAUAAUUCUGCUCAUCCAAAAUGUGCUCUUGGAAAAUAUCCAUUUAUUAAGAUGAAGAUUGGGACCACCUUCUCCAGUCGCCAUUGCCCGUACAGUCGUCAUUCUCUCAUUUUUGUCGAAACGCUUGCUGACACAUGCUCUGACUGUGAAAGUCCCUGCCAAGAGGGCUUGUCUGGUAUUGUUUCUUUUAAGAAGUUCUGA